AUGGCUCAAGGCAUCUGGGGGCUCACGCGACCCUUGCUGAGUGGACUGAAUGUGAGCAAAAUCCGCUUUAUUUAUCUCUGUGGGGUGACUGGGCAGCAUCACACACCAGCUAACCAGAGGUCACAAAGAGGCUUCAGCUCCACACACAAGCUCCGGGAUGCCUCUGGGGAAUCGAGCUCUACAGACCAGGUGACAGUGCAUUUUAUAAACCGGGAUGGAGAGCGACUCACGGCCACAGCCAAAGAAGGGGAGAGUUUGCUGGAAGUGGUGGUCAAUCAAAACCUGGCCAUUGAUGGAUUUGGUGCAUGUGAAGGGACGUUGGCCUGCUCUACGUGCCACCUCAUCUUCGAGAAGGACACCUUCCAAAAGCUGGAUGCCAUCUCAGAUGAAGAGCUGGACAUGCUGGACCUGGCGUACGGGCUCACCGAGACAUCUCGCCUCGGCUGCCAGGUGUGCCUUAAGAAGUCCAUGGAUGGUCUGACAGUGCGGGUCCCCAUGGAUGUAUCGGACAUCAGGGGGCAGGUGGAGGUUGGAAAGCAGAGCAAACAGUAA